UCCCUGUUCCUUCCUCCUUGAAGACUUCAUAAUUGGAUCUGAUUCUGCCCCAGGACUCAGUUCUGGCCUCUCCUGAGCCCUGGAUCUCGCCAUGGACUUAUUGCUGCUGCUGCUCUCACUGCUCUGGAGGGGAACCAUUUCUCAAAAUGAGUAUGGGAUUCAUGUCCAGGAGACAGUGACUGUGCAGGAGGGACUGUGUGUUUCCAUCCCCUGCUCUUUCUAUUAUCCCCAACAAUAUAAAAACAAAAACACAGUUCGUGGAUACUGGUACUAUUACAACUUUUUGAAAAGCAGUCUUGCAGCCACCAAUGACCCUCAAGAGAGUGUUCACUCCUGGGCCCGAGGCCGGUUCCACCUCACUGGAGAUCCCCAGAUGGACAACUGUUCUCUGCGUAUUACUAGAGCCCAGAAGAAUGAUUACGGGAGUUACUCAUUCUGGGUGAAGAAGGAGAAUAUGGCUUACAGUUACACAGACAAGGCGGUAUCUAUCCAGGUAGACGAUCUGACCCAGAAGCCAGAGGUGCACAUUCCAGGGAUCCUGAAAUCAGGGCACCAGGUAAAUUUGACCUGCACAGUUCCCGGGGCCUGCAGAGAAGGGACACCCAUGACUUUUUUCUGGACUGGAACUGCUCUGUCGUCUAAUAGAUUUGCCUCCCUAGAUCUCCACUCCUCCCAACUCCUCUUCACCCCCCAGCCUCAGGACCAUGCUACUAGCCUCACCUGUCAGGUGACAUUCAAAAAUCCCAGCGUGACCACAAAGACCACAGUCCAGCUCAGAGUUUUCUCCCACAGAUAUCCCUUUACUGCAGACCCUCCGUGGAAUAUGAAGAUUAUUUCCCGGGCAAACGGGACAGGCCAAGUGCUCCCAGGAAACACCUCAUCCUUGGUGGUCUUAGAGGGUGAAUCCCUGACUCUGGUCUGUUACACACAUAGUGAGCCCCAAGCCACAUUGAGCUGGACCCAUGGAAACCAAAUCCUGCAUUCUACCCAGGCCCCAAAUCCUGGGGUCCUGCACCUGGAGCUGGCCAAACUGGGUAUCGAGGACAGUGGAGAAUAUACCUGCCAAGCCUGGAACUCACUGGGGCAUCACAACUACUCAGUGAGACUCUGUGUGCAGUCUCUAACACAGAAGCCAGAGGUACACAUUCCAGAGAUCCUGGAGUCUGGGCGCCAGGUCACCUUGACCUGUUUGGUCCCUGGGGCCUGCAAAGAGGGAAAACACUUUACCUACCUCUGGACUGGGACUGCCCUUUCUUCUCAGGGUUCUGCCCUGCUGAAUACCUCCAGACUCCUCUUCACCCCCCAGUCCCAGGAUGAUGGCACUAACAUUACCUGCCAGGUGACAUUCCCAAAGGCCAGAGUGAGCACACAGAGAACUGUCCAGCUAAAGGUCACCUACCCUCCUCAGAAUGUGACCAUCAGUGUUUCCUGGGCAAAUAAAACAGGCCCAGAAUUAUUAGGAAACACGUCAUCCCUGCAGGUCCUGGAGGGUGAGUCCCUGACUCUGGUCUGUACCACAGAAAGCAAUCCCCCAGCCCGUCUUAUGUGGACCUACAGGAACACAAUCCUGCCAUCUUCAGAGGCCUCGGACCCUGGGGUCCUGCACCUAGAGCUGUCCAAAGUGGGGCCCAAGGACAGAGGCGAAUACACCUGCCAAGCUCAGCACCCGCUGGGACCUCAACAGCACUCCCUGAGACUCUGUGUACAGACCUGCUCUUGCUGUCCUGUCUUUGAGGAGAAUGGUUCUUGGCCUCUGAUCUUCACCCUGCUUCGAGGAGCUCUCAUGGGAGUCAGCUUUCUUCUCACCUAUGGCCUCACCUGGCUCUAUUACACCUGUCAAGUCAACCAACCCCUGGACACUAUGGAUAAGAGUGAGAUGGACUUUUACUCAGCCCCUGUGUUCUACGGGAUCCAGGAUAUGUCAAAGACAUAGGACUGCUGGAUAAAAUCGAAAUAGCUAGCAUCUCAUUGAUUUUAAAUUCUUGCUCUCUUACCUCACCAGGGACCACAUGAGUGCUCAGAAAGCCUUCUAGUUCCCUUUUAUUGACUCCCAAGUUUACUCCCCAAAGGCACAGUUCCAAACUUUCUCCUCUAUCCUCAAGCCCCUGACCCCACCUUGUCAUCUGGCCCUCAGAAGAUUCUCUGGUCUCCUACUUCCCUGAGACCUACUCACCCUUCUCUCUACAUCUCACCUGAACAACCUCCCUUUCCUCCUCUCCUGUUGCUCUCUAGUCUCUAAAGAGUGAGUCAUCCUCCUGGCCCCUCAUCUUAAUCUUGAAACCGUAGCCUCCUACAUUCCCCAUGUCAUCCCUAGAAAUCUGGGAGGUAACCAUUACUAAACCCUUCCUGGUCAGAAAUCCACUGGACAACUUCCCUGAAAGUGGCCAUGCAUUUUUUGCUAGGAACCCUCAAAUGAUGGGGUGUGCUGGACCCCCUGAAGCAACUCAUUGCACUUUAAUAUAGCUUAGGAAGCUCUCAUUGCACCAGUAUGGCUUACAUCUCUCCCCUCUCUCCUGCUUCUUCUGGUCUCUGAGCCAAUCAGAACAUGUCUCAUUCAAAACACAAGGAGAAAACCAUAAUGUUUCCCCCACUUCUCCAAGUCUUCUCCUCUCCAGGCUAAACAUGCCCAUUUUCUUCAAAUCAUCCUCAAAUGGCAUGUUCUGCAGCCCUACUUCUCCCAUCAUCCUGCUACCUUUUACAUGAAAAAAUAGCAUUAUUGACUUCAUUUUGCCUUUAUCCACCAUUUUGUGAAGCUGUUUCACCUGCUUGUAAGUCACCUGAUUUUGAAGAAGUCACAAGAUUACUCCCCUUCCCGAAGGUUACCUGACUUACAGAAUGUCACAAAACUAACCCUCUCCCUCUCACCCCAGUGUCUCCCAACCCUCUCCACCAAUAAGAAACCAGAUGUCUCGAUCCCUAUAAUCCUGUUUUUCACUCCCUCCAAAUUGUAUAUUAAUUGUGUAGAAACCAGUGGUCAAUAUCCUUGGUUACUGAGAGCCUUGGUCCUGGUUUGCUUCUGCAACCACAUACAUUGCUAAAUAAAUCACUGGGGACA